AUGGCAGACAAGAGGUGCUCGGAGUUCCUGCCGGCCUUCCCUCACUUCGCCACCAACGCCAUCCACUUCGCUCAGGAGCCCGAGCAGUGGAACUCCAGGGCCGUGGUGCCGCCCAUCACGCUGUCCACCAGCUUCAAGCAGAAGGAUCCCCGGAGGGACCAGCGUUAUAAGUACAGCCGGUUUGGGAACCCAAGCCGCCAUAUCCUGGAGGAGGUUGUGGGAGUCCUCGAUGGAGCUGGAGGAGGCCAAAAACAGCUCGUGGAUUGCACAAACCUGGCUGCUGCUGAUGGAGCCAAAUACUGCUUGGCUUAUUCCUCUGGAGUGGGAGCAAUUCUGAACAUCUGUCACCUGCUGAAGACAGGGGACACAGUUAUCUGCAUGGAUGAUGUCUAUGGAGGUGAGUACAGCACCCUGUGGCUUCAGUCUUCAUUGUGCAAGGGAUCAAACCUGUCUGAUGUCAGGAACUCUGAAUUUCCCAUUUGGCUGGAGACCCCUGCAAACCCCACGCUGAAGGUGAUCGACAUCAAAGCCUGUGCAGAUGUGGCACAUGGGAUGCAAAAGGAUGUGCUGGUGGCAGUGGACAACAGCUUCAUGUCUCCAUAUUUCCAGCAAUUUUCCAGGAAUAAAUUCCUGUCCAGGGUUCUGCCCUCUGCCUGCAGCAGUGAAGGCCUGGGAGCUGUCCCCUCCCCCUUUGACUGUUACAUGUGCAACCGGGGGCUCAAGACUCUGCACGUCCGGAUGAAGCUGCACUUCCACAACGGCCUGGCCGUGGCCAAGUUCCUAAAAAAACAUCCAGAAUGGGUAGAGGAGGUCCUUUACCCAGGGUUGCCUUGUCACCCUCAAUAUGAGGUGACAAAGAAGCAGUGCACAGGCGUUUCUGGGAUGGUCAGCUUCUACAUCAAAGGGAACAGAGACAAUGCCUUUGCCUUCCUCAAGAACUUGAAGGUGUUCACCCCGGGUUUCAGUCUGGGAGGCUUCGAGAGCCUGGCAGCACAUCCGGCCACCAUGAGCCACGCCUCAGUGCCUAAGAAGGAAAGGGAAGCUCUGGGAAUCACUGACACCUUGAUCCGUCUCUCAGUGGGGCUGGAGGAUGAGGAGGAUUUGCUGGCAGACCUGGAUCAGGCCCUGAAGGCUGCGUUUGAAUAAACCUUGAGGGUCAAAAAGGAACUCGGAACUGGACAUGGCUGUGGACAAGGACAUGGAAAACCAAACCACUCUUGCUUUGCCCUUG